UGUGGUAAUUGAAUCUUUUAUUUACUGCAGGGAGGAGCAUAGAUGGCAGCACGAAAUUAUAAGCCCUGUGCUAGCUGCAAGAAGCAUCGAAAAAAAUGUUCAGAGUCGUGUAUAAUGGCUCCUCAUUUUCCAUCCACAGAUCCCAACAAGUUUGCCGUAGUACAUACAGUUUUUGGAACCAGUCAUAUCCUCAAAACGCUUCAAGGUAUUGAGGAUUCUCAGAGAGGAGAUGCAGUAAAUAGUAUGGUGAUGGAAGCGAGAGCAAGGGUGGAGGAUCCGGUGCAUGGGAGUACAAGGACAGUUCAUCAACUGCAGGAGCAAAUUGCUGAAUUAGAAGUACGGCUGGCAGCCAUGCAAGAAGAAGUUUCCAGCCUACGCUUGCAGAGAGAUCAGAUGGCCUCAUUCUUACUCACUGGAUUUCAUCCCACACAAGAAAAAAUUGAGGAUUUUCUAUUAAAUGAUGUCGAUAAGCUAUGGGGGGUAUCGGUUUAAGUCUUGUGUUUUCUAUCAGGUGAUGUGGAUAAGUUGUUGGGGGCAUAAUUUUAAGACUAUUUUAUCGAAUUAUUAGUCUUAGAUGGUAAAAUUGAAAAUAUAUGACAGAAUUUCUGUUUGAAAACUGUUUUGUCUGAAUCAUGAUUAUA